AUGCUUACAAAUCCGUGGCGUAAGGAAGUGCACUGGCUCACCUCCGCCCUCUUUGAACCAAAAAAAGCCAUGAACUCGUGACCUAUACAAAGCAGAUCAAUAAUGAGCAAUGAUGAACCCAAGGUAUUUUACGGCCGAGAUUUUGACAACUGGGAUAAAGCACGGAGAUUACAAGCACAAUUAGAAGGGCGUGACAUGUCGAAAUUUUCCCUGUGUUUAAACCUGGGGGAUAUCCCACCAGAAAAUGUAAAGUUGUCCAUUACAGACAGAGUGAUAACCGUCUCCGGAUAUCUAAAAGAAAUUGUUGAAGACGAUGAUGGAAUGAUUAGAGAAACCUUCCACGGAUUUUCCAACGAAUUCGGUCUCCCAGAAGGGUUGGACCCGGCCACCGUAAGAGUCAACGAUAAUCAUGAUCAAAGUAUAACGAUCGAAGCCGACUAUUACGUUUCGUAUGAUCGUCAAGAGGAAGAAGUCGUUUGCCCUAUAACGGGGAGACCAUCGUCAGCACCAUCUGCCCAUCCACAACGGGACCAGGUGUUAAGUCACCAUGAUAUCCCCCUUUUUACCUCUCCCUCUAACAGUCUUCCUCUCACCCCUCCAAGCUCUCCUAGGCGCCCCUCUCUUGUUCCUAGUACCUUCAAUGUGCCUCCUGCAUUCUCCACAGGUCCGAUGAAAUCUCAACUAAAUCCUGUACCGCCCUGCCCAAUUAUGGCAUCCCAAGCGCCUCCCUCAUUCAAUCAAAGUCAGGCGAACAACCUGCCUAGUGCCUUGUACCCUGAGACUAAUUUAUUCGCGCAGCCUCCCCAAUUCAGUACUAGUGAGAUGAAGCUUCUGCGAAAUACAGUUCCACCUUUUCCUGAAAACAACGGUGGGAAUUUCCCCCAAUUCAAUACUGCUUACACAAUGAGACAGAAUCUACAAAGCAGUGCGCAGUCCGUUGAAGAUGCCAGCGCUGACAUGACAUGUAGAUUUAAUUAUUCAAUUCCACCAAAUCAGGCUAGACAAACACCUAUCAGUACCACCCCAGAUAGGAAUUCUGUGUUCUCCCAAUUCGCCCCAACUCAACUCACCCCUAGUCAACUAAAAGCCCUUCAAAACGCCCAAAACGCCUCGGUAGAAAGCAAUAACGGGGCAUUCCACCGACGCAGUGGUUCCGUCAGUCCUUCUCAGAAAAAGACACAACGAAGCACCCAACCAAGUGUCAUCGAGAAUUGUUAUAGGGAAGAGACUUCUCCUGUCAUCAUGCCUUCAUCGAACUACAUAGGAAAACGUAGCAGCAUGGAAAUACCUUCAAGCAAUGUCCACAAAACAUUAGACGUGCCCUGCCUGACAAAUCGUUCUUACCUGAAACCUGGGACACGCUGCGAGACAUAUCCUUCCGUUGGCUCUUCAAAACAUGACUACAAGAUACCAGCUUUUCACCUCUCCGACUUCCAUGGACACAUACAGGCCUAGGAACUCAAAGGAAGCGUGCAUCUUUUUCAAGCAAAAUAUGCGAGAAAGAGUAUGCUCAUCAUGAACCAGAAAGACAGCCUUUAGGAUGAAAAUUCUCUGGAGGCAUCUAGGGGGCCAGUCUGUAAAAUUCAGAUUCAAUAAAACAUCAAGUUUCACCACCAACU